CUAUUCCUCUUCAACCGUUUCUCACAACAAUUUUCCUUUUAUUUCCCAUUAUGGCCCUCGCUUUCACUUCUUCAAUCUCCACACCCUCCUCCUUCAAAUUUCCAUCAUCACAACCCAAUAACAUUCCGCAAAUUGGAUCAAUCACCAUUUCGGAGAGGCCCAAUGGAGCCGCCGUUAAUAUCAGACAGAGUUUCGCAAAGCCCGUUAACGCCCAGCCUCCUCGUAAGGAUUCCCUUCUUCCUCUCGCAGCAGCAUCAACCGCGGUUGCUUCCGAGACGAAAGAGCAAGAUCUUCAACAGAUAGCCACUGAUCUCGACGAUGCCUCACCUCUUCAAAUCAUGGAUAGAGCCCUCGCCACAUUCGGCCACGACAUUGCCAUUGCAUUCAGUGGUGCUGAAGAUGUUGCUUUGAUCGAGUAUGCAAAGUUGACGGGUCGACCCUUCAGGGUUUUCAGUCUGGACACUGGGAGACUCAACCCGGAAACUUAUCGAUUGUUUGAUGCGGUUGAGAAGCAUUACGGGAUCCGCAUUGAGUACAUGUUCCCUGAUGCUGUUGAGGUUCAGGCAUUGGUGAGGAGUAAGGGUUUGUUCUCUUUCUACGAGGAUGGUCAUCAGGAGUGUUGCAGGGUGAGGAAGGUGAGGCCUUUGAGGAGGGCACUCAAGGGUCUCAGAGCAUGGAUAACCGGUCAGAGGAAAGACCAGUCACCUGGUACUAGGUCCGAAGUACCGGUUGUUCAGGUGGAUCCGGUUUUUGAGGGAAUGGAUGGUGGAAUUGGAAGCUUGGUGAAGUGGAACCCGGUUGCAAAUGUGAAGGGCAAUGACAUUUGGAACUUCCUUAGGACCAUGGAUGUGCCUGUGAAUUCCUUGCAUUCACAGGGGUAUGUUUCAAUUGGGUGUGAGCCCUGCACUAGGCCUGUUUUACCUGGACAACAUGAAAGGGAAGGGAGGUGGUGGUGGGAGGAUGCCAAAGCUAAGGAAUGUGGCCUUCACAAAGGGAAUUUAAAGCAGCAGGAGGAGAAUGGUGCUCACAUUGAAGGAAAUGGAAAUGGGGUAACCCAAGCUCAUGCAAAUGGUGUUGCCACUGUGCCUGACAUUUUCAACAGCCAGAGUGUAGUUAACUUGAGCAGGACAGGAAUUGAGAAUUUGGCGAAAUUGGAGGACAGGAAAGAACCGUGGCUUGUUGUGCUCUAUGCACCAUGGUGCCCCUAUUGCCAGGCUAUGGAGGAAUCUUAUGUUGAAUUGGCGCACAGGUUAGAAGGGUCGGGGAUGAAGGUAGGGAAAUUUAGAGCUGAUGGAGAGCAGAAAGAAUUUGCAAGGCGUGAACUGGAAUUAGGAAGCUUCCCUACAAUAAUAUUUUUCCCAAAGCAUUCGUCUAGGCCAAUAAAGUAUCCCUCAGAAAAGAGAGAUGUUGAUUCCUUGAUGGCUUUUGUAAAUGCCUUAAGAUGAGGGUUAUCAACAAAUUUCUUGACUGUUGGGUUGCAAUUCCACUGUGACUUUACAUUGGUAUAGGCUCAUUCACAGAUUCUUCUGAUAAGUGGUCGGUAGUGGGAAUGCAGGUUUCGACUCUAGUUUAUACAAAUAACAUCCUUAGCUUUCAAUAGUUUUAGACCAUCUUGCGUGGAUCUGUGGUAGUAGUCAUUCUGUAGGAAGUGAUUUAUUUUGAUCCUUUCCAGAUGAGUUAUCUGUUUAUAAAUACAUAAUACUGUGACUUCAUCUCAUA